UCGCUCGCUUGCGUGCGUGUCUGUCUGCCGCCGUGCGCGCGUGUGUUCGCUCGUGCGCCGCCAUGCUCGCGCGCGCCAAGAGCGACGUGGGGCGCAUGGUGGACCACUCGCAGGCCGACGACCGGCGCCUCAUCCGCCUGGUGCGCGAGCGGCGCGUGCUGUACGCGCGCUGCACCAUGCCCGUCGCCAGCUACUACUCGCAGGUCAAGCAGCUGUGGAGCGACGUCGCCGCCGCCAUGGGCUGGACGGUGGCGGACGUGCGGCGCAAGUGGUCGCACAUCCGCAACUCGUACUCGCGGCACCUGCGCAACGAGAUGCACGGCGCCUGCACCAGCCGCGGCCGCAUGGUGUCGCGCUGGUACCUGGCCGACGAGCUGGAGUUCCUGCGCGAGCACAUGGCCACCGACAUCCGUAAGCCGACGCCGUACUCGUCGUUUUCCCCGACCAUGGUGGACAUGGACGUGCCGGAGCCGCCCGUGGAGGCCGUGGACGUGAAGCCGUUCCCCUGGUUCCUGGGCGCCACGCCGCCGUCCCCGAAGCCGGCCGAGGAGGCGCACUUCAAGCCGCCCUCCUUGGUCAACGAGGACAGCUCCAACUCCACAAACUUCGCGCCCGAAGAGAAUUCCUCGUUUUUUCAGUUCUUCCGAGGAAUUCACAACGACUACCAGGAGCUGCCGGUGCGCAAGCGGCGCCUGUUCAAGCGCAAGUGUCUGGACUUGCUGCACGCGCUGCUGGACGAGGAGGAGGGACAAGACGACGACCAGCGCUUCGGGUUCGUCGGCGCAGCGUCCUCCCCGCAGCCGGACGACAGCGUGCUGAACCUGUCCAACUCUGGCCACGUCAGCGAGGAGGACAGGAAGCCGGCCGUCGACGACUGCCUCAUCCUCCCCCACAGCGCUCCGGCACAGUCGUGAUCUGCGUGUGCUGAGGACGCUGGGAGACAAUGUGUGGUGUGAUCUGCGUGUCCAACUGUUGUGUUUUUGUAUAAUGAGAGCGGUACCAUACUCGUACUUAUGUUAUACGCGUCAUAAUCUUCGUCAAAUAAGUCAACUCGAGAGAUUCGAGUCAUAUGUUUUCUGUGGCAGUACACAAAGAUUUACAAGAUGGUGUUAACAGUAACAAUCGAAUUUGUUUUUUGUUUAUUGUCGCAAUGUUUGCGCAGAUAUCUAUGUAGACCGUUGGUUCCCAAAGUGGUCCACAGGAGUUGUUGGGAACUGAACGGAACGGAAAUUGUCAUAGUUAAAUAUCACAUUUUUUUGGGAUGCUAUUGUAGCUGCAGGGGGUCCACCGGAAUUAGCUAGAUUUUGAAAGUGGUCUAUGAGAAAAUAAACUUUGGGAACCUCUGAUGUAGACCAUCUUAUUCCAAUACAUAUUGUAUAAGCUUCUAAGCUAUUUUGUUGAUGCCCCUGUCGCAGGCUGGCGCAAGUUCCUACAGUAGACUGUACUUAUUAGUGUAAAUAUUUUAGUGAAUGCUAUUAUAUUAGUGAAGCGAGAGAUGGCAGCGCAGUGCGAGGGGCGAGGGUACGUAUAACUCGUGCGCAUUAACUUAACACUGGCUACCAAACACAACCGAACCAUCACAGUAUACACAUCAUUCGAGCCAGAUGUCAAAUUAUACCGCACGAGCUGUAUGUUAAAAAAUAUGCAUGUCAAAGUUCGUACUGAAAUAGGGGUUUUUGGAUUUUUUUGUUUAUGAAAAUAUACCUACUGUUAAUUUUCACAAUUUCAUUUUAUUGGUGACUUUGACAUUUAUGUAAAUUUUCGGCAUUUUGGGAACUUAUGCAACUUAUGGAACCCCUACAGUUAUUUGGUUUGCCUGAAGACGGGAGAUGGUUAGGAUCCUCAUCAUCAUCAUUAACAAUAAAUAUUCGGCUCACUGCUGAGCUCGAGUCUCGUCUCAGAAUGAGAGGGGUUAGGCCAAUAGUCCACCACGCUGAUUGGCAGACUUCACACACGUAGAGAAUUAAGACAAUUCUCUGGUAUGCAGGUUUCCUCACGAUGUUUUUCCUUAUGGUUAAUGAUACCCGCCAAAAAUCUGGCCUAUGUUUUGUAAAAUUGUGCCGCCCGCCGCCUGCCGCACGACGCGUCUGUCGCGGCAUACAGUUUCCAUGCGUCCGUGACUGUCGCGUGUCGCAUCACGUUAUCAGUCAGGUCAUGAUCGCUCGGACGUCAAACGCGGUCUCUGCUCAAACGCGCGUUGUGUCGCGACCGACGACUGUCGCGGUCAUAGCGCGUGUGCACCUUGAGCGCAGUAUUGGCUGUAUGUAGUUGUGUGUAUAUACGUAUAUGACUUGAGAUGGGUAGGUAAUAAUUGAGAUAAAAUAAUUAAAUUAUUUUGAGAAUG